UCAGUGUAAUUCAUAACUUUUGUUGUAUUAAUUGAAGCACAUUUAUGCUGAUAGUUAAAAUUUUUUGAAUAUCUUUUUGAAAAAUCUAAAUCUCGCGAGAUUACACGUUCACUGUUUUUCAGCCAUUUUUGAGUUGUCUGCUCAUUGCACAGUGCUCUCAAGCACUAUUUUCUAGAAAAAAGUGCAGCAGGAAAUUCAUUCAUCACAAUGGAAAAAUACAGCAAAUUUGGCAUUUUGUUCUCACGUUCCACGUGCAUAUUUAUUGCAAUGACUCUGCUUUUAUGUCAUGGAACAAAUGGAGAAACCUUACAGCUUGGUGGAAGUAAUUUCAAUAAUAUAAUCUCUACUCACGAAAUUGUGUUUGUUAAUUUUUACGCUGAUUGGUGUAGAUUUAGUCAAAUCCUUAAACCGGUUUUUGAAGAAGCUGGAAAGAAAGUGAAGGAACUUUUCCCAGAGCAAGGCAAAGUGGCAUUUGGGCAAGUGGAUUGUGAUAGUGAGAAUGGUAUUGCUACCUUAUACCAUAUAUCAAAAUACCCAACAUUAAAGCUGUUCCGUAAUGGGCAAGCGGUUAAGAAAGAGUAUAGGGGUCAAAGGUCAGUGGAUGCCCUUGCAGAUUUCAUCAAAAAUCAAAUAGAAGACUCGAUUAAACAACACACCACAAUGGACGAGCUAGACGAACUAGAGAACACAAAGAGGAACGUAAUUGGGUUUUUUGAUGACAAGGAGACAGAUUCUUAUAAAACAUUCCGUCGUGUUGCCAUGCAACUAAGAGAUGAUUGCAUGUUUCAUGCAGCAAUAGGUGAGGUGUCUAAUGGAGAAAGAGCUGGUCUCAGCACAAAAGUUGUAUUCCGUCCACCACAUACUAGAAGAGAAGAUGUUGCAUAUACUGGAGAGUCCAACAAUUAUGAUAUGAUGCUACAGUGGAUGCACGACAAGUGUGUGCCGCUUGUUAGAGAGAUUACAUUCGAAAAUGCUGAGGAAUUGACAGAAGAAGGGCUGCCGUUUGUUAUAUUAUUCCACAAAUUAGAAGAUACAGAAGUUGUCACAGCAUUUAACAGAAUUGUACAGAAUGAAUUAUUAGGGGAAAGAACUAGCGUAAACUUUUUAACUGCUGAUGGUACAAAGUUUUCACAUCCUCUUCACCAUUUAGGAAAAUCAGCCAAUGAUUUACCUGUGUUAGCUAUAGACAGUUUUAGACACAUGUACCUUUUUAAACACGACGUCAGAAAAGAUCUCGAAUCACCUGGUUUAGUGAAAGAGUUCAUAGCAGAUUUACACUCGGGCAAGCUUCAUCGUGAGUUCCAUCAUGGUCCUGACCCGGUGGUGCAACAAGAAAAGCAAGUGGAACAGAGCAAGGAUGAUAACCAGCCUUCCACUUCUGAACCGAAAGUCGAUUCUCAAAAUAAUGUCGAAAAUUCGGAAAACCAAAUCGAUACUACCGAUAAGCCGGCUGUCGAUCAGGAAUAUAGGUCGGACGAUACCGAUAGCAAUGCGUCCGACUUUACGGCCGAGGAACCGGCUCAGGAGUCAGUGCCUGAUAUUGACAGUGCACAAAAGGCCUCGGAGAAGGUUACUGAACAAACAGGACACCUGCCUGUAGAAACUGACCAAAGUUCGACUGCCAUGCCCCCAUCAUCCCCACCGGAAUCUGUGUUCAAAAAUUUGAGACCAUCCGAAAACCGAUACACUUUAAAAGACAAAGAUGAAUUGUAAAAUGGUUGUGUUAAAGAAUCUGCCAAUAAUUUCAAUGCAAGCCGGACAUAUUCCUCAUGAACCAAGUGAUAAACCGGAGCAGCCAACCAGCCCGCCAGAAUCAGCGUUCCAAAAAUUAGCGCCAUCUGAUAACCGUUACACUAUUUUAAGGGAGCGUGAUGAAUUGUAGUUGA